AUGUCGCAACCCAACGGCAGGGAGAGGCGUGGCCCCUUCUCGGACGGGGCGCCGCCGCGGGAGGAGAUGGCAGGCAGUUUGCAGUAUCGCUCCUCGUCACACGCGUCCUCCAGUGUCUCUGCGCACGUCUCACGCGCCGAGAUGACGCAACAUACGGCUAGCGGAAGUGGCCCACAACGGGAUACGUGGCUCAACAACCGCGAGGCCGAAUUGGCAUCGACGGAGCUUAGAUCGACGAGCAGACACCGGCACGAACACCGCCGGCGGCAUCGACGAAGCCACCACCCUUCCGGUGAGAGUGGCGAUGCCGCUGUACCUAGCACUGAAGGUGACGUAGAGAGGAGACGACGUAAGCGUCACAAAAGUGGCCACAGUAUGAGUAGUGUUCGCUCCAGUGAGGCGCCGAAGGGACCGACGUUGGCACCGGCGGUGAGCGCGGUAGACGUUGAAAGGCGGGGUUCAAUAGUAAAUGGUGCCAACCUCUCUUCUAGCUCUAAUUGGCAGAGGCAGAAGGCUGAAGAUGCGAUGGAGCCUCAAAAUGAGCGGGAGCCGGGUGAAGAUGAAAGGGGAAAAAAGAGUAAAGACACAAUUUGUGGUGGGACGUUUCCCAGGUUGUCAGUUGUUGAUGGCCCAGAGUCGAAUAUAACAACCAUCUUCACAUCAAAUCAGCGACGUCCUCCAUCUAGGCACGUGGUUCAGCACGGGUGUCUGGUAGAGCACAAUUUUGUUGGUAGCGACGGCCGGAGUCAGUUGCCAGUUCCCGUCCAUGUCAAUGGCAUCCAGACGGAGGAGAUGGUAGCGUUGCCCACGCAUAGAGUAUUACGCGAUGGUGUAACAUCUUACAGGGAGAGAUCACAGAAGGGAGAUGGAAUCAAGAAACAGGAAGUAACUGUGAGUGUUAAACAAGAUUUCUCUGUGGUGAACAAUGCUGCUGCAUCAUCUGAGUGUGUGUUCUCGCCCCGAGACGAAACCAAUGAAAGUAUUGACCUAGGCCCAUCUGUGUUAGUUUCUAGGCAGAAACAACACUGGUACCCACGGGAGAUGUUUAACACGGAGCAUGGUGGCUGCCCUGUAUUAAUAGUAGAGAGAGAAGAGUACAUGGGCACUGCAGCAGAGUGUAUUCCCACAUCUUCAGAGGUUGCCCCACAUGAGACGUGUGAGUCUUCACAUGGUGACCACUUUCUCACGGAUGAAGCAUUGAGAAGCGUGCACGCUUCCGAGUUAGACAGUGGUGUGCUGUCGUCUAUGCAGGGAUACUCCAAACCACCAUGUGUAUCUUGUUGUGUGGAUCGUUCAUCCCCUGACAGCUGGCAGCUUGCUCGUUCACGACAGCACGCGUUUCAGUGGCCUCUUCAUUGUUUACAGAUAAUAGCUAUAACUUUGACAACGCUUAGUAACAUCCUUUUUUGGAUUUCGAUCGUACCAGCCUAUGCUCUACUGCAUCACCGCGGUGGAUACACGAGUUGUUUGCCCGAGAUGCUGGUACUUGUGACUCUUACAGGUUUGGCGAUUCUGUCAACAUGCAUUUUGUGGGGUAUCUUAUCGUUUCGCGAAAACGGGGACACCUCAAAUGAGGGAGAGCCGUGUUGCUAUUGUAGACGGCUUACACGUUUGAAUUCCAGACACUGUAAGGCGUGCAACAAGUGCAUCAGUGGAUUCGACCAUCAUUGCAAAUGGCUGAAUGUGUGCAUUGGAGAUAGAAACUACCGUUUCUUUAUUAGCUUCAUCAUUUCCGCGCUUUUCAGUAUGGUGCUGGCACUUAUCACCGGCACUGUUCUUUUAGCCAAAUGGUGGACGCAGCUGUCGGCGUACUCGUGGUUCUUUCGCGUUGCCCCCAUUGUAUUUUGCAUACUCAUGCUGGCAGCGGCGUCACCUCUCGUGCACCUGCUUGGCUUUCACAUCAUGUUGCGUCGCCUCGGGCUGACAACCUUUGAGUACAUCACGCGGCAGCGGCAACAAGUGAUGCGGGACCCCCACUGGGAUGGUUCCUCGGACGGUGCUGGUAAAGGGCUUCAGGUGCAUGAAAUGGGUGGUGCUUAA